UUUAGAUGGCAGCCUCCUGUCAAACACGCGUGUGUUUUGAUUCUCACAUGUAAGGUUUCUCGGCAAAAUACUGGCAAAAUGGGUAAAAUACUGGAUGAUGUCGUGGAUGGUGGCGGAAUAGAAGUGAUCAUUCAGCAUGAAAAGGACAAAACGGCACCGCGGUGUCCACAUGGACCAGCUCUGUUGUUCGAGAAAACUGGAAAUGGUGAGGACAAGGGAAGGAGAUUUUAUGCGUGUUCUGCUUGUCGGGACAGAAAAGACUGCAACUUUUUUCAGUGGGCAGACGAAAAGAUAUCUGAGGCAAGGAUGCUUGCCAGAGAACAACAGAACCGUUCCAAGAUGCCUCUUUUCAGUCAUCAGGAACACUGCUCCAGAUUUAGAGAGUUUGUUGGUCUCCCACUGGAGCAGAGAAGGUUCUGUGUGGACUGUCAGCUGCUGAUUCUUCCCGGGGAAUGGGCGAAUCAUGCCAAACACAAGGCACUUUCUGAGGACAUCACAGUGCAGCAAUUGAAAAGGCCCAGUCUACUUCUGUGUCCGCUAGAUAACAAGAAGAGUCAUGCACAGUAUCUGUUUGCGGAUCGGAGCUGUCAUUUUCUUCUGGAUAUGCUCUUGGGGUUAGGUUUCCAGAAAAUUCUCUGUGUCGGGACACCACGAUUACAUGAGUUGAUCAAGUUACUAAAUACGGAGGGCAAGAGUCCUGCGAUGAAGAGUUUAUUGCUGGAUAUUGAUUACAGGUAUUGCCAGUUUUAUGGGCAGGAAGAGUUCUGCCAGUAUAAUAUGUUCAACCAUCACUUUUUUGAUGAUGAGGAAGCUCUCAUGUUUUUUCAAGGCUUUCUGCGUGAGGAGGAAGGAGCCAAGGUAGCCAUGAUAACAGACCCCCCAUUCGGAGGCCUAGUGAAGCCGCUAGCCAACAGCUUCUCUCAGAUGGCAAUCACCUGGAAAAAUCUGAAUAAAAUAUGCGAUGAAGGUCAGAUGCCAAUGAUAUGGAUUUUCCCAUACUUUGAAUCCCGUAUCCUGGAGUGUUUUCCCUCCUUCUCUAUGCUGGAUUACCAGGUUGAUUAUGAUAAUCAUCCUCUAUAUAAACAUGGAAAGACAGGCCGUAAGCAGUCACCUGUUCGCCUUUUCACGAAUCUGAGCCCUAAAGAUAUCAUUCUACCAGAGGAUGAAGGUUACAGAUUUUGCGGUGUUUGUGAGAGGCAUGUGUCAGCAGGAAACAAACACUGCCCAAAGUGUGACAAAUGCCCAUCUAAGGAUGGGCGAGAAUGGAGGCACUGUGAUGAAUGUGGACGAUGUGUGAAGCCUUCGUGGCGUCAUUGUUCCUCAUGUGGUCACUGCGCUCUCCCCGAUCACCCUUGUGGUCCGAGCCAAACUGGAUGUUUCAACUGCGGCAGCCAAAAACACAAACUUAGAGCUUGUCCUAAGAAACACAAUAAACGAAUGACUGUGCCAGGUGGUCAUGCUGCUCCAGGCCUGUUAAAACACAUUGCUGACAAAUUCACAACUAAGAAGAAGAGGAAAAGAACGGUUACUUGAGCUUGUUCACAGUGGAUUUGUGACUGCUGAAAACUGCAUCAUGAUCAGAAAAAGUGAGCUCAGAGAGUGUGAAAUGGGUUAUUGAUGUACAAGAAGGUUGUUGUGUAAGUACAUAGUUGUCUUCUUGCAUUCUGUUUUUGUCACAAGCUCAUCCUACACUACAACCUUCCCAGUACAAUAGACACGUUGUGUGAACAAACCAUCCACGGGCUGGAAUAACAUUUCAAAGAAGCUUUGUUCCAUCUUAUGUGACGAUCUGUGGAUAAAAUGUUUGAAUACAACCACUGAAAUGGAUGUGACGGACAAAAAUUAUUUCUUGUUGAAACAUAUCAUUUUUAAUGCAUUUAAAGAAACUUGAGCAAAAAAAAAAGCUGGAAAGCAUGUCAUGCCUCACUUUUUUUAAAAACAUUAAAGGAACGAUUUAUUGCCAUUUCUCAGGAAAUGUUGUGCUUUAACUCAAAAAACAGAACAAAAGCUGGAUUUAAAAUACAGUGGUCUUGCAGCUUAUAAUCACCAAAAACUCAAGUGAUUCUCGGCACCCUGUGUGCUUUUUAAGCUUAGUGUUAUUAAAAAGAAAAGAAACUUCAA